GCCUGGAAUUGGCCAGGUUAGCUGGAAGGGCAGCCCUCCAGGCCCUGCCCACCACACAGUGGGCUUUUUAUGCACAGGGGGCGUCUCCUUGUGGCCAUAGAAACAGAGCUGGCUCUUUUCAACAGAGCUCUGAGGACGGUUAUUUAACGCUGGCCCCUGAGGAUCUGCCACACAGACCUUCCUCCUUCCGGAACGUCCAAGGGCACUGGAUCCUCUGUGUCCCUCUGAGAUGGGGUGCCAUGCCAGCAAGACCACCACAGUGGCAGCUGAGUCCCAGAAGCCUGGAGAAGAGUGUGAGGGAGGAGAGCCAGGUGUGGAAAACAGCACCCAGGCAGCAGACUGCAAGGAUGCCCCACUGAAGGAUGAAACCCCUGAGCCAAAGAGCUGAGAUGCGUCUCUCCAGAGUCAGACCCUCACCUCCUUCCUGGAACUGCCUUUGGCCCGUGAACCUGAGACAAUCCCCACCCUGAGAAGCUCUGAUCACUGGGAGGAGAGAGAAAGCCUCCAGCUUUGCUCUCCUACAGAGAGGACAAAAGAAGUCUUCACACACUGUGGAACUUUCCUGCAACUUCUGGAUGCAGACCAGCCUCAGAGCAGACUGUUCUGGCUCCAGGGAAUAUCUGCUGUCAGGCUGUGAGAGUGAUCCCUGCCUGCCUGGCUUUCCUGAAGUCAGAAGGCACCUUGGUUGUAAUGUAUGGGGUGUGUGGAUGUCAGUUUGCUGUUUCUUUCUCCUUUUUGCAACAGCUGGCGGAGUAGCCAACACCCCUGACGGCAACAUGUUGCGCUUGGCUCACUCCACAUCCUCUCUAUGAAUAAUUUAAUAUCUAACUUCAAAUGUUGUUAAGGAACUAUGGAAAAUAUCAGGAUCUGACUGGGAUCCCGUAAAUGGAAGGUAAAAGACCUCCAAUAAGUGGGACAUAGAGCCCUGGUGGGAAGGAAAGCAGAGAGAUUUGUGUUCCCGGCUCCUUAAUUCCCCGGAAAAAGGUCCCUCUGCUAACAUGCAUUUAUCUCUUCAUAGCCAAAGUGUCCAUUUCAGCCCUCUAGCAUCUGAGCUAUCUGCAUCCAGCUCUCAAAAAUAUUUCGCUGUUUACUAA